AUGAUGACGCUAGGCGAUCACUGGAAUCUGCGCAUCGAUCGUUACGACCGCAUCUUUGUAAUCACAAUGCAAAAAGAUCCAGGGAAUCGUUUGAACGUAAGAUUUUCCCAGGAAAUCAUACGCGCCUUGCGGGACAUAGAGCACGAGCUAGGCCCAAAUUCUGAAGGGUGUGUCGUCACAAAGGGCAGUGAUGAGAAAUAUUGGUGUACAGGGCUGGAGCUUGAUGAAGCAGACACAAAUCCUUUUGCUAAUAGCGACGGCUUCUUUCCGCUCUUAGCAACGCUACUUGACUAUCCUUUCCCUACGAUUGCGCUCCUAACGGGCCACACAUUUGGCGGUGCAUGCCCUUUUGCCCUUGCGCAUGAUUAUCGCAUCAUGAAUUCCUCACGAGGAUUCUUCUCAAUGCCUCCCGUUGACCUGGGUCUUCACUUUUCAGGUAUUGGCUUUCUACCACGGCUCAAACUUCGACCACAAAUUGCGCGAAAGAUGUUACUAGAAGCACAUCGCUGGACUGGUAAAGAAGCCUAUGAGGAUGGGAUCGUAGAUGAUGUAGCCGCCCCAAAAGACAUGCUAGAGGUAGCGAUGACAAAGGCGAGGCAUAUUCAGGGCAAAUCCAAGAUGGGUGUCUAUAGUCUUCUGCGGAAUGAGCUGUGGGGUGAGGCAGCGGAAAAGAUUCGAGGCAUUUGCUAUGUACACGGACGCAUGGUUACUGCACCAGCGAAGGCGAAAAUCUAG